AUGAAGCAAGCCAACUCCUUGCACGAUCGGCAGGCAUCCGGGGGUGCUGCGGAGACUCAGUCAAAGACAUGCCUGGAGAGAAUCGAGAAGGCCGAGAAGAAGAGCAAGGAAGUCGCGGCACCGCCUGUGCAGCAGAUGAUUGCCGCAGACGUGCCUUCUGGUCAAGCAGCACCUGCUGCAGGCGCCGCACCGGCGGCUUCGGCCGUGGCGCCAGAGCAGCCAAAGGGCUUGGACCCGACGCUUGCAACAAAGAGGCUGAUGAGCAUCGUCAAGGACGUGAUUGCCGCAGAUGAUGAGAUUACGGCUGACAGCCCGCUGAUGGAAGCUGGCAUGGACAGUCUGUCGUCCGUCCAGCUCGUCACGGAGGUGUCCAAGGAAUUCCAGAUGACCCUCUCACCAUCUUUGGUGUUCGACUUCCCGAACGUGGCGGCCAUCGUCAACCACCUUGUGGAAGAAAGCCAGGGAUGA